CCUCUUCGCCCCGCGCCGGGGUGUGGGCGCGGCGCAGCGCGCGGCAGAAGGCCGGGCGCGUGGGGACGCGGGAGUGCGGGGUUCUCGGCGAGCCGCGCGGCGCCGAAGCACGCUGGCCGCCUGAGCUCGGCGCGGAGCCCGGGGCCCAGAGCCGCCGCCACCCGCCCCUGUGCGCGCCCAGCCAUGGAGCCCUCGCACAAAGACGCCGAGACUGCGGCGGCGGCGGCGGCGGUGGCGGCGGCGGACCCCCGCGCCGCGUCCUCGUCCAGCGGGGUGGUGGUGCAGGUCCGCGAGAAGAAGGGCCCCCUGCGCGCCGCCAUCCCCUACAUGCCCUUCCCGGUGGCCGUCAUCUGCCUCUUCCUCAACACCUUCGUGCCGGGAUUGGGCACGUUUGUCUCGGCCUUCGCGGUGCUGUGUGGAGCCCGCACUGACCUCCCGGACAGGCACGUAUGCUGUGUCUUCUGGCUCAACAUCGCAGCGGCCCUCAUCCAGACCCUCACGGCCAUCGUCAUGGUGGGCUGGAUCAUGAGCAUCUUCUGGGGCAUGGACAUGGUCAUCCUCGCCAUUUCCCAAGGAUACAAGGAGCAGGGCAUCCCACAGCAGCUGUGAGUCGAAGGCGCUGCCGAGAAUUCCAGGGUGGUCCCAUGAGGGCUGCGCCAGGCUGCAGUGGGCACCGGGACCUCACUUGCUCUUCUGCCAUCUCCCGGGGUUGGAGUGGAAGAGGGGGAUUUAAAAAACAUUAUUUAUUUUGAAAACGCAUCUGCUGUUCUUGGCAGGCUGCGAGGCUGCCAGCCCCUCCCCCUGCUCCAGAAAGACACAGGCCCCCAGAGCAUCUCAGGUGGGGUGGAGGGUGGGGAGUGGGGGGCGGUAUCGCGGACAGGGAGGCUGGGAUGCUCGGCUGGCCCCUGCCCUGCAUGUCUCCCUGCCCCCUGCCAGGGUGCCCCAGAGCUGCCAGGCAGGGGCAGGGUUCAGUGGACCCUUCCUCUGGGUCCCCAGCCCCCAUCUGACUGUUUGGUCUCCCUGGGGCCACGCCAGGGCAGGAAUGAGCCAGGGCAGGAGUGAGCACCCAGCCCGGUGUGGAAAGGUCUGCUGUGCCCUCUGCCAUCCCAGGGCUGCCUGGGGACGGGUCCCCAAAAGUUUCUCCUGGCCCUGUGCUCCCUUACUGCAGCCUACCGUUCACCCACCCUCCCUCCUCGCCACUGAAAUCUCUGGGCCUGGGUGUGUUUUGACCUUUGUUUCCCUAGACAGCGGCUGGCGACUCCAUCCCUGGGCAAAAGGGCUUGCCAGGUGUGCAGACGCAGGCUCCCCAGUGCAGGUGUGGGCGAGCACAGGCCUGCUGAGCCUUCACAUUAUACAGAAUACCACGCCUGGUCCAUAGUCCUCCUAAAAUCCUUGGGGCUGGAUGGGUCUCUGAGUUCAGAAAACGUGUAUCUGAGACGGAGUGAGACCCAUUUACCAUGCGUUUCCUAACACCCCCGCAGUCCGGGGCACCUCCCGACCGCCAAGCGCAUGACUGAUUUUGCAGAGAACCCUGUGAAAAGUCAGACUAAUUGGGAUUAAUAAAAACCAUGAAUAGCCUCAGCUUGCUUGGUUCAGGUCAGAUCUUGGCCUAAAUAAGUUAUGGAAGAAAACUUAGCAUUCAAGAGCUUUUGGGGGAUUUAGAAUUGAAAAAAAAAAAUUGUCUGGGGUGGCGGACUUGUUUCUGAAAAUCCCUCUUGCGGGGCCUGGGACUCCUGCUGGGGUCAUGCGGGGAUUCCUCCCUUUCCAAAGGGGUGGUGGGGGCCUUCACAGCGCCUGCCUGCAUGGUUGUUGGGGAGUUGGACCCUGAUGGGGAGGGACUCACGGGAGGUGUUGGGGCCACUGCGGGUUGGGGAUUGCUCUGAAGUGAAGAGAGAGGCCAUUCAAAGUCACGGUGGAUGUCUACACGUCUGUUUUCAUUUGCUUCCUAACAUGGGAAUGGUGAAACUGGGGUACUGGCCCAAAGCUGUUUGCAGAACCUCUUAGACUCCCUGGGAGAGGGCUUUUCUUGUCUGUUGGAGACUCAGAGUAUGGCCAGGGCUGGCGAGGUGCCCUGACUGGCCUUUUCCUGUCGCUGGGUGGGUGUGCUUGGGGAGCCUGCCGCUGGACAGGCCACCUUGCUCCCCAAGCCCACUUCACCUCCCCCGCUGGGCUUUCUGAUAAUCGUCCUGCCAGGGACAUGGGGCCUUGGGCUCCCUGUGGGUUGGGUAGCUCUGGCCCACUGUGGAGACCCAAAUCCCCUGCCCGGAGCUCGGCUGCACUCUCUGAACAGCUGGCUGUGUCUUUUUUUUUCCUGCCCCCCUUCCCUCCCGACCCCAGCCAGGCCUUUGCUGCUGCUGCUGCUGCUUCUUUUGUGCUUGGAAUCCUGUGCAUUUUCAAGGCGUGGGACCAGCUUUGGUUUCAUUCAGAAAGCCAGAGCCUUUUAGAGUGUGAAGAUGGCAUCCCCUGCCCGGUAGACAGUAGGUGGCUGCUGGUGGCGCCCUGGGAGGCUGUGUCAGUGUGGGAGCCUCCCCUGUAGCCAGGUCGGAGGAGCAGUACCCCGCUGCCGUCUUCCCCCACAUGCUUGAAGGGACCACGGGGAGGGACCACGGGCCUCAGGCGCAGCCCCCGCGGUGGAAGCAAGGAUCUUGCAUUCCCUGCUUGGGUGGCUGCUGAGGGGGACAGAAGAGAGAGCAACUUAUGGGGCGUGCUUAGUGGUGAUCCAGACCCGGGUGGGGGUUUCUUGAGUGGACCCCGGUGUGGGAUGGGUAAUACAGGGGUUUGUGGGUUCGGAAGGACGGCUCCCCUCGGCUGCCAGCUGCUUCCGAACUCGAGGGCAUGUCAGCCUCCGGAGGAAGCCCUUCCUGUGGAGCUGAUGUGUGUGAGGAUGGAGGCACCCCCGUCCUCUGAACCCCCAGUCUGUGAGAAUAGCUGCGCGGGAGAACGGCUUGAGAUAGCAGCUCUCUACAUGAGACUGUGGCCUUGGUGUCACCGGCUGAGACCAGGGUCAGGAGGUGAGGAAGGGCCCUGCAGAAGGGUGCCUUCCCUCUGCCGCCCCCGAACCACGUGUCAGCCCCGACGACAAGGACAGCCUCCAGGUGUUGGGCCCUUGACAGGCUUGCUGCGGCUCCUUGGGCCGCCUAUGACCCCUACCAACAAUCCUGGCAGGGGGGACGUGAGUAUGCGGAACUUCCAGAGGGCAGGGCUGAGGCAUUGGGAGAAUAAGGCCCUGAACAUGCAGCUCACGGCCUGUGGCAAAGCCUUGCUGCAGAGGGGAUGAGAUCUCUGAGCCAGAGGGGCCUCUGGAUGGCCUUGCCCGUGGAAGUAGCAGGUGACAGGAAAAGCCUCCUCAGCAAGGACUGGACGGUUCCACCACACACUGUCCUGGGCGGCCCGCCAACCCACAGCCCAGAGCAGGGGUGGGAGCGGGCAGAGGAUUGCUCCCAGCCCUCUGAUCCCCCACGUCCCAGAGGCUUGGCGGGGACUUCAGCCUUGUGCAGACGCCACGAGGACCGAGGAGCAGUGGGGAGCACGCGAACUCAAGAGGGUUGAGAAAGCCACAUGGUCCGAAUUUCCCCAGGAAGGCCAGGGACCUCAGGAAAACGGAACACUGAGCCCCGAGGCCCCAGAGAAUGCCUUCCAGAGUCCUGAGGCGCUGGAGGAGGAAGCCCGGGGUCCACAGAGGUGGUCCUUCUGCGCCAGCCCAGCUUUUUAAACUGCCCCCAAAAUCUACUAUGUUUUCUUUAGUGAACCCCAUCCCUGCGCAGAUGGGGGCGAGUUUGCGAAGGCCACUUGGGGGGGUGGGGCAGGGCCAGCAUGGGGCAGAGCCGAUGUGGGGCCCCAUCCUGUCCUCAGCCCAGAGGCCUUCGUGACCUGGAAAGUUUUCUCUGGUGGUGAUGCGGGCUGCCCGGGCCUAUGGAAUUGGCUUAGGGAUGACUGACCUUGACGUGUCCCCUGGUUGGUGGCGCAGGCCCUUGUUGGCUCCUGUGGUUGGUUUGGUUGGGAGGCUUACAACAGAGAGACUGGAGGCGGACGGGCACCCUCAGAGGUUUCCCAGCCGCGUUGACCAUCCCCAGAGACUGGGACCUCGCAGGGGCGGGGGUGUUGUGUGAGCUGCUCCCCAUGAACCCGCCUGAGGCUGAACAAAGCCAGAGCUCCUUCUACUCAGGGGUCCCCUAGGCUGGAAAGGGGUAGCUCUUGCAAGCGGGGCCCUGUGAUCCUUUGUGUGUGCAGCAAGCACCCAGCAUGCCUGCUGCGGCCUGAGGGGGGCUCCCAGGGGGCAGCUCUGGGGUCGCCUCACCUGCUCUUCCCGCCGUGCAGGUGAAACAGCAAGGUGAGCGGAGGCAGGAGGCCGGGCUGUGGGAGGGGAGGCUGGGGGCUGCCUGAGCUGGGGGCUGCUGGUUGGGGUCCUGCGAUUCUCACCUGUUGGGCUCUGAGAACUUGUGAACGUUCGCGGGGUCACGGAGGCAUGCAAGCACGGCUCUACUGGACAAUCUGCCCUAAUCUAAUCCCUGUGCUGCUGGGGAGCCCUGUGCCCCAAACACUAGGGCCAGUUCCAGCUCAGUGCUUUCUCUCCUCCCGUCUUGUGCCUCAGCUGGACCAUCUGUACGCGAGGCAGCCAAUGCCAGUCCCAUUUCUGUCAGAGCAGAGGCCUUGGAGGAUGGCCCCAGGGCCCCGCAGAGGCAGAGGCUGAGGCCAUGGGCCCCGUCGACUGGGAAAUGGCCACACUGGAGCCGGGACUCUUUCUAGUGAUAGACACUGCGCUCUCUCCCCUCCUGAUUCUGUCGCAUGGGCAGGCGGAUGAUAGGGCCGUCUUUGCAGGUGUCCUGAGUUUCCAGUACAAGUUGUCUCUCUGGACUUAAUCCCCAGUUCUGUCCCCGUCUGCCUGGAUUUGCCAGCAUGCCGGCCACCCGCAGGCCAGGCCACUGGCACCCUAGGCAGGCAGAAGCACAGACAUAUGCACACUCCCUUACAUAUGUGUGUGUACUCCCCCCACCCCAAACACAUGUUCACAGCCCCUCCAGCUGCUGGGUGAGGGCAGGACUCAGGGUUGGGACCUUGACAUCCACAGAGGGUCCCCUCACACCGCCCAGGAGCCGUACCUCCAGCAUGGGCCCUGGCAGGUGGCACUUGUCCUCAUCACCCAACACGGCCCAGAUGCACACAGUUCACUUGAUCCCGAAGGGCCUCUGUGCCUGGAGCUCUUCCUCCCAAGGUCCAUGGUUCCACACCCCCAGCCACCAAACCCGGCUGGCCUUCGUGGGAGGAACGACAUGGGUCUCCCAGAGAGGAGGGGACCAUGAUCCCUUUCUGGGCUCUUCUGUGGCUGCAGAUAGUCCUCCCUACCGUCCUCCCCGCCCCCCAGCCCUGGCCUCAGGAUGUGAAGCAGUGAGGAGAGACAGGCAAGGUCAUACCCACCCCACUUUCUGGGUGAGCCUCUGGCUAGUGUCCCAACCAGGGAGCUGUCGGCGGUGGCCCUAAGUGACCAGGGCGUGCCAUGAGAACACUUGGCUGGCCCUUUGCACGGGCUAAGGUAAACAUGCCGUUGUAAAUGGUGCCAAAUUUUUGAAAACAAAGUACAUUAAAAAAAAAAAGAAACACUGAUUCUGUGCAUAUUAGCUGAAUUUAUAUUUGGAUGAGUGUUGUGCCGUGAUUUAUAGUUUUCAAUACGUGAGCGACUUUGGGUCUCUCUUCCUCCUGUUGAAAGAAUUGCUGUCCAUUUCUCUUGUUCUCUGCCAAGACCCUCUCCCAAACCUCCCAGGGCUUCCUCAUUUUAUCUCUGUCCAGACCCAUGGGGGUCACCCCCCACCCCCAGCUGCUGCCCCUGGGAUCCUCGCCGGCCAAGGGGUUCUUCAGCCCAUCCCAGUGACUGGAGCCUCCAUCGGUUAUACAAGAGGAAGAAAUUCUCCAGCUGGGGACCUAGAGAAGCUUCCAGACUUGCAGUCUGGGGCCCAGGCCAGUCUGUGGCUUGGCCUUCCCCGCACCCUCAGAACCCAGCCGCCACCAGUCCCACCUCCCGACUGCCACUGGCCAGGUCCUCACAGCCCCUGGAGGCGCAGGGCAGGGUCCUGACCUCCCCGGUGCCCCACCAGCUUCGGAAGUCCCAGCUCAAGCCCCGUGGUCAUCCAUGUAAUGGGAAACAGUGUGCAUGACCGUCUAAACCUGUGUGUACAUAUCUCCGUGUACAUAUUUAUAUUCUGAUUAUAAAUAUACAAAGCAUGGCAUCUCUUUGGCAUUCCAAGUUUGUGUUUUUUAAAUCUUGGAAAUAAGGCUUUAGGAACUUUUUCUUCCUUUCCCUCUUUUCUAUGUAAUAAACAUUCAUGUGACCUUUCUGGUGGCUUCUCAAA